AUGGGAACAAUUACAACAACCGCCCUAUAUCCUCGCACCGAGGGUAAGAAAUUCGAUAUCGAUUAUUACAUUGGGAGACACCUGCCCUUGGCUGAGAAAAUUUGGGGCCCGUUAGGCAUGAAAGAUUGGUCUGUCGUGGCUUUCAAGGACGAUAAGGCCGGCAACAAGCCUCUUUACCGAUACAAGGUCGUGUCACGAUGGACAAGCAUUGAUGCCAUCAAGAAGGCCACAACGACUGCUGAAGGAAAGGCAGUGCUGGAUGAUGCUGUCAAUUACACUGACGAGGUACCGAUUGUUCUGGUUGGGGAGGAGAACUGGAGUAAAUCCGUUGAUCUUGCUCGUGACUGA